CGAAGUAUGCGCUCUUUACAACACUUGGCCAGUGUUCGGCACUGUUGCUUGUAAAGCGGACAUCCUGUCCAUAGACUGAUCCUGUCAGUCGCGUCUUCAGUGUGCUUUUGUGGGCUGUAGCUUCCUAGCCUGGACGAACUGCGAGUGAGUGAGAGAAGCUGCUAUGGCGGCAGUACGCAACCUCCGCGUGUCUGUGAAACCAGAGAGCGGGUCAGAUCGCUCAGAAUCGGAUUCUGACUCAGAUUCUGACAGGGAUCUCCGCGAACCAGAACCUAUGGAGGUGGAAGAGGGGGAACUCGGCUUGGAGGCCAUUCCGAUCCGCCGGUCUCUCAAAGAACUGUUACCGGAUACCAGCCGGCGGUAUGAAAACAAAGCCGGGACAUUCAUUACAGGAAUCGACGUGACUUCUAAGGAGGCUGUGGAGAAGAAGGAGAAGAGAGCCAGGCGGUUCCAUUUUCGCGCCGAGGGAAACCUGGCUCAGAGGAACGUGGUGCUAGACAGAGAGACGAUGAGGAAAGCGAUCCCAAAGAUACGUCUGGAGGCCCUGUACCUUUGUGGGGUGGAUGACAUGAGCACGCAGGAUAUUUUCGGGUUUUUCAAGGAGUACCCCCCAGCUCAUAUCGAAUGGAUCGAUGACACUUCUUGCAACGUGGUGUGGCUUGAUGAUGUCACUUCCACCCGAGCUCUCAUCAACGUCGGCUGUAUGCCCGACCCAUCAGUCACCACCUCGGGGACAGACGGUGCCAAAGAGACCGAUCCACCUGCUCCGCAGCGCACAGCCAGGAGGGAUCGUGGCUCAGAGGAUGAGGAAGAUGAAGAGGAGGACGGGGAGGUGGUCGACAAUGAAGAAGGCACGAAGGCAGAGAAGAGUAGCGAAGAGAGUGAAGGAAAGGCCAGCGAGAGCGAAGACGAGGGAGAGAAGAAGACGGCCUCAGAGAACUCCGAGCCGCACUCGUUGUCCGUGGCAGAGAGAGAGUCUAUCUUGCGCAACGACCUUCGAACUACGAUCAAGGAGUUCAAGGGAAGGAACCUCUUCCUCAGGUUUGCUACUCAGGAUGAUAAGAAGGAGCUGGGAGCAGCCAGGCGGAGUCGGUACUACAUGAAGUACGGCAACCCCAACUACGGUGGGAUGAAAGGCAUACUGAGCAACUCCUGGAAACGCCGAUAUCAUACACGGAGGAUCCAACGGGACGUCCUGAAGACCAAGAAGCCCCUGAUCGGGGACAGCAUGGGCCACACACCGCCAUACAAACACAGGCACUCUGACCUGGUGAACCUACCUGAAGAGCCGAUAGAGGAAGAGGAGGAGGAGGAGGAGGAGGAGGGAGAAGACAUGGAUUCGGAAGACAGGGUGGUGGAAUACCGGGAGGAGCGAGAGAAGGGGGACAGAGACCGGGAGCGAGACCGGGAGCGGGAGCGGGACCGGGACCGGGAGCGGUACAAGGAGCGAGACGGAGGUCUGCGCAGCAGUGCGGGUAGUCUGCGCAGGCGCGGGUCCACGUCCGCCUCCUCGGACUCUGACGAAAUGGACUACGACCUGGAGCUGAAGAUGAUCUCCACGCCCUCGCCCAAGAAGAGCAUGAAGAUGACCAUGUACGCCGACGAGGUGGAGUCCAACCUCAAGACCUUACGGAACUCAGUCCGUGGGGAGGGCGGGUCCAGCAGCGGCGUAAGGAACCGGAUUGGGAGCGGAGGCGGAGGCGGAGGCGGGACCAAGACGGCGGCAGUGGAGAAGGUAACGGACGUGAGGCAACUGCUGGAGGAGAAGCGGCAGGGCCUGGCGCAGCAGCAGCGAAGCCCGCAGCCCUACAUGAACGCCACGGCGAGGACAGAUGUUCGGAAGAGACUGGGAAAGAGGCCCCACUCCCCCGAAGGUCGGCGUUCCACCUCGCCGGUGGCCCCCCGGGCUCCCCCCCCUCGCCGCGAGCCCCUGACGGACGUACACAGCCGACUGGGGGUCCCCAAGCAUGACGCCCGCGCCCUCCCCUCCCAGGCUCCCAAAGAAAAGAAGACAGGCGGGCUGUGGAGCAGGCUUGGCUCCUCCCAGAUGGAUAAAGUCCCUGAGAAGAAGGCUGACAGCAAGGAUGUGGGCGGGGCCAAAGGCUCAAAGGCGGGGCCUGAGGAGGACGACUCUGAGCUGCAGAAGGUGUGGGGUGCCAUGAUCAAGGAGAAGGAGCAGCAGUCGCACAAGAUGAAGAAGAGCCGCCUGGACAACCUGCCCUCCCUGCAGAUCGAAAUCAGCCGGGACAGCAGCAACGGCUCGGACAGCGACUCCUAAGAUGGAGGCCGAGGUGGGCGGGGGAUCAGGCGGGGUGGAGGACGGGGAGUCAGGUGGGGUUGUAGAUGAGACAGGACUGAGGAAUAGGGUUCGGGAGAGAGGGACAGUGCUGAGUAGAGACCCUCUGGGAAGAAGAGAGCAAAAGAUGGACAGACAGAUGGAAGAAGGCAGCACAGGGAGGAAGAGUGCUGGCUUCACAGUCAUCUAUAGCAGAAUGGGAGGCCUUCCCUGCCAUCUCACUGCUCCUCUUUUCCCCCCUCUCUUUUCCUGCACUCGUUCUCACAUUCGUUUCUACUGAUGUUGCACUCCCUUCCUGUCCUUGCGCACAGGAGGGACUGUUAAGUGACAUUGCUCGCUCUUCAAAAUGAGAACCAAGAAAGACUCAGCCAUUCAAAUUAUUGUGUGUGACCAGAAUGAAAUUAACUCAUUCUUUUCCACCCAUGAUGAAAGAAAAACACUUGUCACCACUUUUCUUUAGGCAGUUUUAUCACAGGCUGGAGCCAGAGGGGAGAAACACUUCCAGGGUAGACGCAAUUCCUACAGCCCACCACGUCCAGGAAACUGCAUUUCCCAUAAAACACUGUGCCCAUGGAAUUGAGUAGAAUUUCAGGAAGAAGAACAGCUAGCUGUUCUGCCGGCCUGUGUUUGGGGACAGGGGUCGUCAGCCGCUAAUGUUAGAAUUCUCUUGCGCCACACACUUUGGGGAACGUGCUGAAAUCAGACUUCCUUCUUUGGGACAGGAGUCCGUUCAGUCAUUUGGAUGAUGAGACUGGUGUCAUCCGAAAGCCCUUUCCCACCCCAGCCUUGAUAAUGCCGUGUUCCAAUGAGUGGCUGUGAUCGCAGUCACCAAAUGACUUGUGAGCAAGGGUGUUGUCACGUGCGGGGGGGAAACACAUUCCACUUCUCCUGAACCAAAGGAUGUGUGCUUUUACUACUUGCUCAUUUUUUAUUUGUCCUUUGUGUAAUCGGGUGCUUCUGUUAAGAUUAAAAACAUAUUUUUCAGGAGACAAAUGGCCUUUUCCAAGAGAAGAAUUGUCUCCAUACUGGAGUACGAGGUGCAGUGUGGGAGUAUGAAUGAUUCAGGACAAUGAUUUUGUGAGAGAUUCAUCAAUGUGCAGUCAAAACAUUUCCCCCCACAGUUUGUAGAUUAAGAUAUACCAAUGAGAAUGCCGCCGUGUAAAUACAGUCAACCUUUUUACGGUUUGGCCACAGGUGGAAACGAGGUGGUUUUAAUCCUUUAUGUCAAAUAUUGAGCAAAGAAAAUGAAUGAAAUGUAUCAGGUUUUGAAAGCAGAGAAAUGUGAUACUGGCUUUGUUCCCACUUGCCUUUUUACACAAUAUAUCCAACUUCUCAACAAAUCUGAUUGUCGCAAUUGAUUAUUGUACUCUGAACACAAAAAAACUGUUGUGGUUCGAAUUUGUCCAAAUUCAGUUUCAAUUGUAUUGUGGGGGGUAGUCUGGAUCGAAUUCUGCAAAUAUCGGACUUGAAUGUAAAAGGUCCAGCACGUCACCAACAUUCUACUGACAAAUAACAUCCUGUAAUAAGCUUAUGGGAGUCGCAAGAUGCCCUGUUGUGCUGCUGGUCAUUGGGUACAACAGGGAUGCAACACUGAGUGAACUGCUGGGAGAAAUGCAAAGUCCAAAUGGUAGGAAUUGUAUGAACAAUAUUAAAAUUCAAUUGUAAGCACAACUACGAAUGCCAGAUAUACUUGAUAUUUGAUUUGUCAGCUAAUACGAGUGUAAAUUGGUCCAUACAGUCCCUGUCAUCACUGUAGCGUAUAUUCAUAAUUUUGCCAAGAAUUAUGUUUGUAUCACAUUUUAUUUUUCAAGUGCUUUUCAUUACACCUUAGCUACUGAUUUUCCUUAACUAAACAUGCUUCAAUCCAGAUGGGAAUGGCAAACAACUAAAGGUAAUUCAGUUAAUUAUUAUUUGAGACCAAGGUCAACUAUACUUUCCAUAAUGGCUAUGAACAUCUGUUCACUGAUUCAACAUGGAGCUUAAAAAGUUUGCCUUAUUAACAUUGUUGUAUGGGCUUACUCAACUCUCCGGUAUUGUAUUAUAUGUAACGGGUUGGUGUAAAUUCUAUUUAGUUUGGGAACUGAAUUAAAAUUCAGCCCAUUCAUUUGAUAAAUCCCGUUGGAAGACUGUGGGGAUUUUUUAAAUUUGUGCAUUGUGUUUCCAUGUAUUAUUUCUUGAAUUUAAAUGGAGUUGACUUCAAACCCUGAUAUAAUCCUCACGUUUCUGGCUGGUAUUAAUCACAUUUUUUGUUGAUUUAAUUGAUAUGUUCACAAUUUGAAAAUCUGUUGACAAAUGUAAAAGAUGCUCCCAAAGACUGAUAUUAUCAUUUUUAUGCGUUAUAUAUUGUAAGAUACUUGCAUGAAAAUUGAUUGAAUCACCUGCUGAUUUCAGAUUGGAGUGCAAGCACAAGUGUGUGUAUGCAAUCACGUUCAAAAUGAUUGGCACCCUUGGUAAAGAUGAGCCCAAAAUACUAUAAAAUGAACAACACAGAUAAUGAGCUUUAUUUUGUGCUAAAAAGCUAGGAUAACUGUAUUCUUUCAUUCUAAUAUUUUUAACAAAUAAUUGUAAUUCUCUCAAAGAUAGAUGUUACAUUUAUUGCCACCCCUAAAGAUUCUUACUAAAUCAAACAAAAUUAACAUCAAGCAUUAACAUUCUACAUUAAGUUCAUCUCAGUCCUAAGGAACUGUAUCACAGCCUUGCAUGGGCUUAACUAGGGUAUAAAAAUGAGGUAACACAAGCGAAAUUCAUUUGCAAUUCAUAACCAUGUGGAAAGGCAUCAAAUUCAAAUGAAAACGGAUAAAUGAUUGUCGACUUACAUAUAUCAGUCAAAGGGUACCAAAAAAUAUUAACUACCAUUCAGUACUUUUGGGGAAAUAGUAAAAUCUGUUUGCCUGACUUUCUGUCAGAAUGUUACAACAGGAAAAUUGGUAAACUACCCUGGUAGAGGAUACUAGUGUACCUUGCACCCACAGCCAGUAAGUAAGAUGACUCAGGAGACAGAAGAAUCCAAGGCCCACUGCUGGAAGUAAAGAACUUGGUUGUUUCUUGGGGGUCACCUGGUUUCCACGUCUACAAUCAGACGCCACAUCCAAGCCAAUAGGCUAUUUGGAAGGGUAGUCAGAAAAAACUCUGCUGAGAGUGAUCAACAAAUAUAAUCACCUGGAGUUCACUGAAUGGCAUUGGCAUUUGGAUUGGAACUGGAUGCUAUAUUGUCGGAGGAGACAAAAAUAGAGCUAUUUGGACCUUCACAUCAGCAAGGGUUGGAAGUGUAUGCAGAGAAGAACCUUGUAACUUCCAUAACAUCUGGCUGUGAAUCUUGGAUGCUAUGGGGCUGUUUUCAUUGCACUGGUCCUGGGGACUCUUGUGAAGGUUUAUGGAACCAGGAACAUAAAGACAUGGUUAAUUGACCACAAUAUCAACCUCUUGCAGUGGCCAUCUCUGUUUCUGGAUUUGAAUCCAGUUAGAAAUCUGUGGUUUCAACUGAAGAGGAUAUUGCACAAGUGCAGUCCAAAGGAUAUCAAGAAUGUGUAAAAUCUGUGCGAAGGAAUACUUGAAUGUAUCCAAGCGAUGUAAGAUUUGAAACAACAUUCAAUCUCUAAUAUUCAGUCCCAUAUUAGGACAAUAAUAUAUGAAAUAUUAGGAUUAUUUCAUGCCAUUCCAUAAUCAUUCUUAAUGUUGCACAAUUAGAGGUAGAUAUUAAAGAAAGAAAAGAUUGCAAAUGGUUCUGCCUCGAUUAAUAAAAAGCAGGGUUUUCACUAAUACAGAUUGUGUGCCACCUGUAGUUAAAUCACCUCAAUUUGUUGAUGACGUACACUCCAGCGACAGAAAUUGUGAACUACGUCAUUCAUUGAGGCAUAUAAAUAUGCUCGCUGCGCACAAGGGGUUCUCUUUCCCGGUCAGUAAGCCGUAGUGUUAGGGGACAAGUAAAGCGAAGUGCAGGGGUAAACGCGAACAUGAUUGCGGAGGGCGAAAUAGUCAGUGCAUUUGCAAUAUAUACACUAUAUAGUGCGAGUGAGAAGCCAUAUAGCUAGCUAAUUAUUUUGGAAACUGCUAUGAAUUGUUCAGCUACAUAGCUGAUUUUCUUCAUACCGGCAGCGCGAUGAGCCAACGUGGCUGUGUUUUCUGCAACUUUUCAUUCUUGGGUCUUAACUGAUGUAGACAUGUCUGACGUCUCCGAACCAAGAGGUCGCAGUCACGGCCUAGGCCACGCGGAUGUCCGUAGUUCAAGAGGCCACGCGGAUGUCCGUAGUUCAAGAGGCCACGCGGAUGUCCGUAGUUCAAGGAAAUGUCCUUCCUCAGAUGGAAUUUUCUGCAGCUGAACAGCCUUUGCAUGCAUUUCCAUUGUGAGAGACUGUAAAUUGAUUGUAUGCAAAUUGUCAUUAAAGAUUUUAUUACAUUCUGUCAACCAA